UGACUCUGCCAUCACCAACUGUUUGCAUAAUUUUUCUUGCUGUUGCAUUUAAUUAAAUUUUUAUUUAAUUCAAUUCAAUUUUAAUUGUUUUGUGUGAAAACAUGUUUACCAGUUACUGGAAACUCGUAAUUCUAUAUAUUGUUAUAUUUUUUAGCUCAAACAGAGCUUCAGUUGCCAAUUCUGAGGAUAAACUCAUAGCGAUAUACACAGGCAAAGAAAAUCAUUUUAAUUGUGAAAAUGAAGUCCAAAUUUACGAGAGCGAUUGUGUAUAUGAGAUCAAGGGGCUAAAAAUAGAAAUCAAUGCUGGCAGAAGAUGCAAAUUGAGAUUCGGCUGCAACUCCACAAUUUUCUUGGCUAUGUGUUGUUUUGCGGACCGUAUAGAGAUCAAGCAAAUCUCGCAAAAAACCAUGCCUGUAUUGAGUAGUGAACCACCAGAAAUUAAAUUAACGGAUAACCAAAAAGGCUCUUUAUUUAAUUCAAAAAUUGAAGAAAAUUUCAUUCGCGUCAAAAUGGAUGGUACGUUCAAGCUGUUGCUGGUUCUUUUGAUUUUAAUAUUGAUGGUCCUGUUAACAAGUAUUGUUUUUUGCAAAAUUUGGUGCCUAAAAAGAAUGAUAGCUUCAGAGCCAAAUACAUAUGCUGUAUUCAAAGAUAAUCUCCAGGUUCAGAAUCGGGAUAUGAAAACACCAGCAAACAGUGAGGCCCUGAAAAAAAACGAAAAUUUGAUAAAUUUAAAUCAAAAGAUCCAGGCAAUAAGCGAUAUUGGAGAGAUUGACUGCAGCGAUAUUCCAUUAAAAGUUUGAUUUGCAAACAAGCUUGUUCAAUAAGAAGUCAAUUAAAUUGAAUUCAAUUCAAUUA